UUCGUCAAUUACUUAAAGCCCCAAUUCCUAGGAGGGGGCCCAGAGCCCCGAAAAAUGCAAGAGACCCCCCCCCCCACCUCCUCCAGCCCCUCCCGUGGCGGAGGAGGAAACUGAGGCCCUGAGGGGACAGCGGCUUAGUUUCCAAGGUCACUCAGCUUAGUGAGUGGCCGAGCCGGGGACGAGAUCCCCACGAGAACCCCAGCCAGGGUUGCCUGAUGUCGCUGCUUCCUCCUCCUGGUCCCCACAUCCCGCCCCUGGGGUGAGUGGAGUCCUUCCCUGGCUGCAUCACUUUUCGAGUCUCAGAUAGCAACGUCUCCAAAGAUGCCCGAGGGCACUGCUUGCCUUGGACGGGCAGGCCAGAGGGACUGUCCCUGGAGUUAACCAGGGAGUGCAGAGUUCACCUCUCCAGAAAGAAGAUGAGCCUUAAGUCUGAACGCAGAGGGAUUCAUGUGGACCAGUCUGAGCUCCUAUGCAAGAAAGGAUGUGGUUAUUAUGGCAACUCAGCUUGGCAGGGCUUCUGCUCCAAGUGCUGGAGGGAAGAGUACCAGAAGGCCCGGCAGCGGCAGAUUCAGGAGGACUGGGAGCUGGCUGAAAGGCUCCAAAGGGAAGAAGAAGAAGCCUUUGCUAGCAGUCAGAGCAGCCAAGGGGCCCAAUCCCUCACUUUUUCCAAAUUUGAGGGAAAGAAAACCAAUGAGAAGAGUCGCAAGGUGACAACAGUGAAGAAAUUCUUCAGUGCUUCUUCCCGAGGUGGCCCCAAGAAGGUGGCUCAGGAGAAAACUCUUAAGCAAGGACAGCUUGGGAGGGAGCGAAACACUGAUAACCUGCUCAGGGACUUGAAGGAGAUUUUUGCUCCUGCCUGGGAGCUGGCUUCGCCUUCUGAAGAGAUUCAAGAGGCAAAAGCCGCAAGCCCUUCCAUAAACCGGCAGGCCAGCCUGGAGACGGACAGGGUGUCCAAGGAGUUCAUAGAAUUUCUCAAGACCUUCCAUAAAACAGGCCAAGAGAUCUAUAAGCAGACUAAGAUGUUUUUGGAAGCUAUGCAUCAAAAAAGGGAAUUUAGUAUUGAGGAGCAGUCUGAGUGCACUCAGGACUUCUACCAGCAUGUGGCUGAGAGACUCCAGACCCGGGGGAAAGUGCCCCCAGAGAAGAUGGAGAAAGCAAUGGACCAGAUUGAGAAAUAUAUCAUGACACGCCUGUAUAAGCAUGUGUUUUGUCCUGAAACUACUGACGAUGAGAAGAAGGAUCUUGCUGUUCAAAAGCGGAUCAGAGCCUUGCACUGGGUCACUCCACAGAUGCUUUGUGUUCCUGUUAAUGAAGAAAUCCCGGAAGUCUCAGAUAUGGUAGUGAAAGCGAUUACAGACAUUAUCGAGAUGGACUCAAAGCGUGUUCCCCGGGACAAGCUGGCCUGCAUCACCAAAUGUAGCAAACACAUCUUCAAUGCUAUUAAGAUCACCAAGAAUGAGCCAGCAUCUGCCGACGACUUCUUACCCACCCUCAUCUACAUCGUUCUGAAAGGCAACCCCCCACGCCUUCAGUCGAAUAUCCAGUACAUCACCCGCUUCUGUAAUCCAAGCCGCCUGAUGACUGGAGAGGACGGCUACUACUUUACCAACUUGUGCUGUGCAGUGGCUUUCAUUGAGAAACUGGAUGCCCAGUCUUUGAAUUUAAGUCAAGAAGAUUUCGAUCGCUACAUGUCUGGCCAGAGCUCUCCCAAGAAGCCAGAGUCUGAGCCCUGGGCUCCAGAUGCGUGCCUCGGGGUGCAGCAGAUGUAUAAGAACUUGGAUCUUCUCUCUCAACUGAACGAGCGGCAGGAAAGGCUCAUGAGCCAAGCCAAGAAACUCGAAAAAGACCUCAUCGACUGGACAGAUGGAAUUGCUAAAGAAGUUCAAGAUAUCGUGGAGAAGUACCCCCUGGAAAUCAAGCCCCCGAGCCAGCCUUUAGCAGCGAUUGACUCUGAAAAUGUGGAAAAUGACAAACUGCCCCCACCCUUGCAACCGCAGGUCUAUGCGGGAUGAGAGACACUGACGGGAGGAUUGGCUGGGACCUAGGCCCGAGUUAGGCUGUUACUUCUGCUGACCGGAAGCCAGCGUAGGAAGACAUACUUAGGAGGAAGGGUUAAAGAAUACAUGUCUCAAGGUACAGGUGGGGGAGGGUUAAUGUGUAAUAAAUACUAUUUAUUUUAGUUAUUGAAAUAGGUUCCUAGGAGGCUUUGGUGUGUUUUUUUUUAACUGAACCUGCCUUUUCUACACAAAGCCACUGUCAUUUUUAAGAAACACUAGCAUCAUUAACAGGUUUUCCUUCAUGCUUCCUCCAGGGCAUGCACGGUGGUUUGGUUUGGGUUCAAUCAUUACUUUCCAUGUAAGAAGACUAGUGCAAGGUCAUGUGUGUUCAAGAGGGCACUUAAUGGUACUGCUGUCCCCAGCUUUGCGAUGACUGUGAUUAUAAAGAGGGAGCCUCUAUUGAGGAGUCAAUGUGUAGAAUUGUAAAUAUGUAAAGAAAAUCGGUAUUCUGCUGCGCAUGGCAACGUGUGAGUUUUUGUUUUUGGUGAAAAAUGAUCUUUGAUUGUCUGCCUUUUGAAUGGUUUUUGGUGAGCCCUUUGAAAUGAGCCCAGCAGAACGGAGAGGUUCGGGCGUCCGAGGAGGGUCCGGUCGGGUCCUGCACUGACCUCGCUAUUCUGGCAGCCAGGAGGGUCACACCCAGACUAGACCGUAUGGAGGCAGCCACCUCCUCGUCUCCUGCCAUGCCAUUGUUCAGUACCAAGCCCGGAACUCGGAACCGUUUAGUAUGCGUUUCCCUUGCUCGGGGCAGCUGGGAGUAAGGCACGGAAUGCUGUGCAGAUGGGGAUGCUAGGAGAGGAAAGUAGUGCUGGCAGGGAGAUGUUUGGCCCUGGGGCCAAAGUGGCGUGGGCUCUGCCUGCCUGGAGAGAACACAUUCCGUCGUCAGUCUGUCUGGCCGUGCCUGGCAUUUGGGCCUGCACGCCCCGCUCUGAAUGAGAAAGCAAAGACCUCGGCCUCCGUGCCAGCCACUGGCACUAACCACAGAUGGCACCUUCUGGGCACUGUGUGUCUUCACCUGACAGUUGGCUCUUUUCUGAAACUAUGAGCCCCCCCCCCCCAUGGAGGCAAGUAUUCCAGGGGAACGUUUUCUAACUUUUCCAGGUAAACCUCACCCCAACUUAGCUGUGCACCUGUCCGCCAGGUGACCUUCUGGAGCCCGGACGCGUCCCCAUCAGUUAACAGCGACCCCCUUGUUCUCCCACAAAGCCUCCCAGUGGAGCUCCCAAGUUUGCCCAGCAGGGGUUGCCGGGAGGCGGCUGUUCCUCACCCCACAAGCACACUUUAUUCUCUCGUUUAACCUUGUCCCAACAAGGACGGCUCCCUGUCUGUGCUAGGAAGGUGCGGGUGACUCGGGGCCGCUGGAGGGGGGCUCGUGCCUGCCGCUGCUCUUGGGUAAUCCAUGACCCCGAUGACUCUUCUUUUCCUUUGGGCUGUUCGUUUCCUCUGCAGUCUUAGGUGCUAAUCCAGGUACACGUGACAGUGUCUCACUUGCCCAUAAAUGUACCAACUUCUUCUGGCUGUAUACUGCUUCUGUGGAAUAAAGAUCUGUCCAUCACCCUCUCCUGAA